AUGUCCAUCAGAGUUAGCGAUUUCCCGGGUUUUAAGACCUCGACAACGUCAUUUCCUUCAACGCGAAUGUUAGAGAAAGAACUCUAUCGAACUCUCGACUACAAGAAAAGUCAUCUAUUUGAGUUGAAAGAGUCAAUUAUCAACGGAAUUUCUUUCAUAAAAGGAGUCAAUCUUUGUGGAUGGUUGACUGCCAAUUAUUGGUGCACAAAAAAGUCUCCAUUAUGGAAAAAUGUUGAGGCAAAAGUGGCAAUGAAUGGGGAAUAUUUGACGAUGAAGAGUCUCGAGGGGAAAGGUAUCGGGCUGUUAAAUGAGCCAAGAUUUGUGGAUGAGAAUUUAUUGAAGGAAUAUUAUCGAGCUGCUGUUCGAAUUAUUCGAGAAAAAGUGAAAUCGAAUUGUCUCAUCACUACCUCGCCAUUACUUGAUCAACAAGGCUAUGGUAGAAGCGAUUGGGAGACUUUUCUGAAUGGAACUAGAGAAGUUCGACACGAAUGGCACAAAUAUCAAGUAUGGGAUUUCUACGGUCGAACACCGGAAGAACUAAUCGAUUUCGUCAACAGAAAACACGUUACUGAUAUAAAAUUCUGGAAUGGAAAUGGUUUGUUGAUUGGUGAAUGGACACUAGAAUCAUAUCUGAAUAUGACCGAUGAAGAGCUCAAAGAAUAUGCAAAAGUUCAAUUAUCCACUUACGAGCUGACAAAAGGAUGGAUUUAUCAAACUUGGAAAUUUUAUGGCGAUGAGGGCCUUGAAAUGGAAAGAUGGAGUAUGAAAUCAAUGCUGAAACAUGGAAUUUUACAACAAUUUGAU